UUGAGGAGAGAGCGACAGCGAGCUCUUUGUAUAACAUGUUUGUCUCCAGGUUUCCUGGACAGACGACAGUUAUGACUUGCCAACUCGUGGGCCCUGAAAGGUGCGGGUCAAACCUGCCGGCGCGUCACUCCUCCCAGUCAAUCCUGUAACAUCACCACAGAGACACCCACAUGCUAUCCAGGUGCAGUGUGCUGCGGACCUCUCCUGUCUUCCUGCGCUGUGCCAGCCUGGUCUCUCCAGAAGCCUUCCUGUCUCUGUGUGAGGAAGAGGCGUGUCACUGUGGCCAGGGGGAGGGGCUAGGGGUGGGGCUAGACUGCCACUGCCACGUCCUAUUGGAGUUCGCCAGGACCUGCCAUGCCCAUGGCCAGGUGUUGCACGGCUGGUUGGAGGAGAGUCAAUGCACCCCCAGGUGUCUCCCAAUAGGGAUGCAUUACAGUGAGUGUUCUAGGUCUUGCUCCACCACCUGUAAGAGUCUCAACAUCCAGGAGGUCUGUAAGGAGGAAUGUGUGGACGGCUGCAGCUGCCCAGUGGGUAAGGUGCUGGAUGGUGGUCUCUGUGUGGAGGUGUCUCACUGUUCCUGUCUUCACAUGGGUCAACACUUCCCUCCUGGCUCCAGCAUCUCACAAGACUGCAACACCUGCAUCUGUCGACACGGCUCCUGGGAGUGUACCAACCAAGGCUGUCCUGGGGAGUGCUUAGUGACAGGCCAGUCUCACUUCAAGACGUUUGACAACAAGUUCUUUACCUUCUCUGGCCACUGUCAGUACCUGCUGGCUAGAGACUGCACUGACAACCACUUCUCUGUCAUCAUAGAAACUGUUCAGGUAACACACUUCCAUCCCAUAUAAACAUCCUGCAUACUUCCUGCUGCAAGUCACCUACUGUUUUUAAAUGGGCUUCAAGCUUAUAUCAUUACAUUUAUGAAAAUGGGGUCAU